AUGCCGAGCGUAGAUGCAGAGUAUUUGUACUGGGAGAUGAUGCGAGUCGCCCAAAGGCCCGAUCCAUACAUGUUUGCCGCACUACAGAAAUUAAAGGACUCCGGGCUGUUCAUUAUGGGUGCUCUGUCAAAUACCACCAUUAUACCCAAUGAGACAAGCAAGCUUGACAAGACGCCUGACCAUGCGGGCGAGCAAGUGAAGCGAUUCUUCGACUUUUUCAUCUCCAGCGCGCACACGGGGUUGCGCAAACCGGACCCCAGAAUUUACGAGCUAGCCUUACGGGAGAUUAACGAUGCUAGGAAGGCUAAAGGGAUAGAAGGAGGGGAUAUUCGGGCGGAAGAAGUGGUGUUUUUGGAUGAUAUCGGGGUGAAUCUGAAAUGGGCGAAGAAGGCUGGGAUGGGCACGAUCAAGGUCGAUUUGGGGCGCACAAGAGAGGCAGUGAAAGAGCUGGAGAGACGAACGGGCUUGACUUUACUGGAAAGCAAGCCGAUGAUAUAG